CAGGCCCCAGCUGUGCCACCUCCACCAGCUCCUCUCCAGAUAGCUCCUGGUGUCCUACAUCCAGCUCCACCUCCAAUUGCUCCUCCCCUAGCGCAACCCUCUCCUCCUGUCACUAGAGCUGCCCAAGUGAGCGAAGCUGCACCCGUUCACCCAGUUCCUCCUCAAGCUGAAGUACAGGGACUUCCUCCACCACCCCCACCUCCUCCCUUGCCUCCUCCUGGCAUUCGACCCUCCUCUCCUGUCACAGUUGCAGCCCUUUCUCACCCCACUCCUGUUCUGCACCCUCCUCCCACAACCAUUGUCCCUGGCCCUCAUGCCCCACUAAUGCCUCCAUCUCCACCAUCCCAAGUGAUUCCUGCUCCUGAACCCAAACGCCAUCCUUCAACUCUACCUGUAAUCAGCGAUGCUAGAAGUGUUCUGCUGGAAGCAAUACGGAAAGGUAUUCAGCUGCGCAAAGUUGAGGAGCAGCGCGAACAAGAAGCUAAGCACGAGCGCAUUGAGAAUGACGUCGCUACUAUCCUUUCCCGUCGCAUUGCUGUGGAAUACAGCGAUUCAGAAGACGAUUCAGAAUUCGAUGAAGUGGAUUGGUUAGAGUAAAAUUAUUACAUUGCUGUAUGCUGCAAAAGCGAAUGCUAAUGUCCAUUGUGGUGCUUGUUCUUUGGAAGUUUGAUGGUCAUUUCUAGUGUUUUUUGUAUUCUUUUCUUUACAUAAUUAAUCCAUGUUUUUCUACUUUUCAGUUUACAGAAAGCUCCUAGUGCAUCUUUGAAACUAAAUGUUUUACAGUGGCUUUUCUUACACAUCUUUUUUGAGAGAACAUACGUUGUUCCAAUAGACCACUAAGUAUUAAGCAUGGGCAGCUGUUGGUAGAGUAGCAGUUUCAAUUUUUUGGCAUAUCUUAACUGUGCACUUUGUGAAUUUUAAGUUAAUGAAGGCAACUGAGAUUGACAUUCCAAGGGCAGCUGUAUGUACUAAUGAGCCUUAUUCCACUUCUGAUAGUGUUUUAAAACAUUAAACCUAGCUCUCAAGAUACCACUGCCUCCAUUACAUCUGUACCCUGAAAGUACGUAUAGUUAGCAGCACUGAACACACUGAAAGGAAAAUGGAUCUUUGGGGGGUUUUAUUAUUGUUUUAUUGUUGUUUUUAAAUAAUUAUGGCCUUAUUUGAAUGUUUAGAGAUUCCCUUUCCCUUCUUCCCUCCCAGGUACAUAUUGUGUGGUACUAUUUUUGCCUGCAUAAUAAAAGUUUAAAUUUUUUUUCCUCGUGAAAUCUUUUGACUUAAACAUGCUGUGUAACUUAUGUAACUGUUAAAAUAACAGUUUGAUUUAAUAAAUGGUUCAUUUUAAAUGUU